GGUGGACCGCCGCAGCUUUAUUUGACCCCGCGUUCAUUUCCAGCCGUUACCCUCUUCUGGCGUAUCCUGACGCACGGAGAUUGAUUCUCCAGAGCCGGACGGGCGGUAGAUCGUCCGAUGAUGUACACCCAGUUUUACUGCUUCAUCUGGUGCAAGGCACGCUCGAAGCGUUCGCGAGAUCAAGGUUCGAUGAUGAAGUAGGUCGCUUCGGCAGAAGUGCUAAGGCGCGGCUCCUCGCGCCAACGAGGCAAGAACACAAAAAUCGCGGAAGAGGUGUGCUACCUGUAGAAGUUGAGGCUCAGCAAGAUGAACUUGAAGGUCCUCAGUAUAAUCUUCUUCAUGUUGAAGCUCCCUCUUGUUCGGUCUUUGACCUUCUCUCCCCUCUGUGUUUCCUCGCACUCGAUCAGGGAAAUAAGACGCGGAAACCGCGCAGUGCCUUGGAAUUACCACCGGAUCAUGAUGUUGUCCGGGACCACGGCCUGGGGGCGAAGAUGAACAGGAAGACAAUUCAGGUUUUCGAUAAAGAUUUCCGUCGGCAGCGCUCUCAGCUUUUCGAAUCCCUCCGUCGCCUAGACCAAAAACUGUUUUUCGACUUCGAAAACCUGCACAGCAUCGCCGCGUGGACCGUCUUCGCCGUGCUUUCCAACGACUAUAUUUUUGCUGGGACAGAAGGGACAGCAGGAGGAAAAGAUGAGGCUAUUCUUUCUGCAGGAGCUCAAACAGGA